GCUUAGGUUAUUUUGUUUCUUCCAAGUGUGCUAUUGGUUAAUACGGUGCUUCUCACUGUUAAAAUACUUUUAACAUUUUACAUCGCCUUCAUCAAAUCUGCUUGCCUCUUUUAUGAAUCUAAAGGUUGUAAAUGAUGAAGAUCGAUUUUAGCGGACUUGAAUCACCAAGUGCCCCACUUCGAGGGGAGUAUUCUGAGCUGUUUGAUGGAAUUUCGAAUUCUCCAUCAUUCCAUCUUCCUAAUACUGCUAAUUUUGAUGGUUUUCAAAAAGAAGCAAUCCAAAUGGUGAAGCCCGUGAAGGGAACCACAACCCUUGCUUUCAUUUUUAAAGGAGGUGUCAUGGUUGCUGCUGAUUCUCGGGCUAGCAUGGGAGGAUAUAUAUCAUCUCAAUCUGUGAAGAAAAUCAUUGAAAUUAAUCCCUAUAUGCUUGGCACAAUGGCUGGUGGGGCUGCUGACUGCCAAUUCUGGCAUAGAAACCUGGGAAUCAAGUGCCGUCUUCAUGAACUGGCAAACAAAAGGAGAAUUUCAGUUACUGGAGCUUCAAAGCUGCUGGCAAACAUUUUAUAUUCUUACCGUGGAAUGGGUUUGUCUGUUGGAACUAUGAUUGCUGGUUGGGAUGAGAAGGGUCCAGGACUAUAUUAUGUUGAUAGUGAGGGAGGACGGCUUAAAGGAAACAGAUUCUCUGUUGGAUCUGGUUCUCCUUAUGCUUAUGGUGUUUUGGAUAAUGGGUACCGAUAUGAUCUGUCUGUGGAAGAAGCAGCCGAGUUGGCUAGACGAGCUAUAUAUCAUGCUACAUUUCGUGAUGGGGCUAGUGGAGGUGUUGCUAGUGUUUAUCAUGUCGGACCAAAUGGAUGGAAGAAGCUAUCAGGAGACGAUGUUGGAGAACUCCACUACCACUACCAUCCUGUUGAAGUGGCAACCGUGGAGCAGGAAAUGGCUGAAGUGCCAGUGGCCUGAGGAAAAACAAAACCAUCAAAUAUGUCCUCAUCUUCGCAAGUUAAAGAUACAGUUUAAUUUUCUUCUUUUUACUGUAUUGUGGUCUUGCAACCUGUAAACCGUAAAAACUUACCUACAUCCGAUGUUUAAACCAAGCCAAUAGAUGCAAGGCUAUGUGUGUUUCGUUCACACAUUCAUCACUUAAUUAUGUUUUAGUCGUAUGUACACUUCAAUUUUCAA